UAUCUUUUAAAAAAUAUGCUAAAUGACGAUAAAAACCUGCUGAUUAGGAAAAGCUUCAUCAGGUCAAAAAAGAAGAUGAUGUCAAUCCCUCCUAAAAUCAAGCCAAGACCUAAAAUUUCCCAUAUCGGCAACUACUCACAAGUGUUAAUUUCUGACAAGCAGAAAAGUCACUUUAGUCCAACGGCAAAGCCUAAACCCUGCAAAGAUAACUUUCCAAUCAUCAAGCUCUCAACUCCUGAUAUCACAGAAAGUUUGAUUGACCUGCACAGUCCGCAGAAAGAAAAAGAUAGCAGAAAUAUCAAGAGAAUGAAAAGGUUCGGAGAAGCUUUCAAUAAAGUAAAAUGCUUCAGACCUCAUAUGGAAUUCGCUUCAGAAUCAGAAGAUUCUUUUUCUCAUCAAAAUCCUGGGAACAAAGCUACUAAAUAAUUGGAAACUUAUUUCUGACGUUGUCCUUAAGACUAACAAAGCUCAAUUUCUCAAUUGGAUGGAGGAGAUAAACCCAGAAGCAUAUGAACAACUAAUCAACACCAACAAAUCAGUUGAAAACGUAACAACAACUAGCAAAAAGAGAAGUGAAAUUUCUCAAGACAACGAGAAGGAACCAGAAGAAGAAAAACAAAAGGUUAAGAAAAAUGUUACUAAAAAGUUUUCAAAAUACAAGAACAUCCUUCACAAAGCUCUUGCCAAAAUGGUCUUCAAAUAUUACUCAGAGAUUGCCAAAAAUAUAGAAACACAGAAGAAAUAAAAGACGAAGUCUCCCAAAACCUCGGAAGAAAGAUAGUAAAACUACACUGAAGAAAAGUAGGAAGGCAUCUGUUCAUAAAAGUCAAUUUUUAAGGAACAGGAAUUCUACAAAUAUAGGCAAGAACAAGAUUGAUCCUAUACAUAACAGCAAGAGCAUACCUAAAAAGAAGGCUUUAACAAGAUUCAACUCAGAAAUGAAAAAGUUUCUAAAAGUACCUACCAAGGAUUCUUUUGAUACUAGUGAGAAGGAUUCUAAGAUACAAGAGUCUCUUGAAAGGGGAUCCCGCUAUAGUUCUAUAAGUAACCAAUCUUUUAUUGAAAGAACAAAUGAGAAAAGAUCUCACAGCUCGUUCUUAAGAUCUCCAAUUCCUUGAUUUCCGAAGAAAAUAAAAAUAAUGAACAUAAAACCAGUGAAGCUAUCUCAAAGUAGACUUAGAAAUCUGUACAAUUUUGAAAAUGAGAAAGAGCUACCUUUAGAUAAUUGAAAGAAAGAACUCUUACUUAGACAUAUACAGAAAGGAAACAUCUUCAAGAAAAGAAGACGAGGAAGAAAUUUUAGAAAUCUAAUCAAAUCUUUUGACCAGAUUAAGCCUGAAUUUGAAAACUCUGUGAUUGGAGAAAUUGCUCAAUCUAGAUUUUCAAGAAAAAGUACAGGAGUGUCAAGAUCGUCAUUGAAGAAAUAAACAAUUAUCAAGGUUCUUAUCUGGACCAAAAGAAUUAGAGAAUAGAGAGGACGAUUUCUUGAGUCAUAAAGGCAUUCCACCCUCAACACAAAAUUGGAAAAUCUUACCCAAACUCUCCAAGCAAAAGUUAAAACAUAUGAAGAAGAAAUUCAAAGAAAUAAUGAAUUACAAAGGAACUCCAGAGCUCCCUAUCGCUUGCAGCCCCCAAAUCCCAAAUAUCAUAACCCCAUAAGAAAACCUCUUGAAGGUAUGUAUGAUCUCCAUAUUACUUCUUGAAAUGAUUCAAGAUAAGGACUAUAAAUCAGCCAAUUUUCGAUAAAAG